AUGACCAACCUCCCUCCCGCCAAACGCCGCCGCGCGCUCUCCCCCCACGCCUCGCAAGCAACCCACCUCGCAGCCCUCUUCUCCAACCCAACCCAAGAAAUCCGCCUCCCCCCGCCCACCUCCAGCACCACCCCAGCCAACUCCCGCAAACCGCUGCCGCCGCCCCCCGAAAUUGUUACGAACGUGCAAGGGUCCUCGGCCGGCGCCGGGUCGGGUGAGUUCCACGUGUACAAGGCGGCGCGGCGGCGCGAGUACGAGCGGCUGCGGCAGAUGGACGAGGAUCUGGCGAGGGAGCGGGCGGGCAGCGAGUUUGAGCGGCGGAGGGCGGAGAGGGAGCGGGAGGAUGAGGAGAGGACGAGGAGGAAUCGGGAGAGGAGGGAGAGGAAGAAGAAGAAGGGGAAGGGGGGAAAGGGGAAGAAGGGGGGGGAGGGGGGUGGAGAUGGGGAUGGGGAUGGGAAGGGGGAUUCGCCGAAGGGGGAGGGUGGAGGAGUGGGGGUUGCUGCUGUCAAGGGAGGGGAGGGGGAGGUGGGAGGUGAUACUGGUAACAAGGGGGGGAAGGAUGGGGACAAAGAAAAUGGCGAGGGGGGGACGGGCGCGGACGCGGACACAGGCAAAAAACAGGAAGCCCCUGUUGUGGCGGACGGCCCGGGGGCUGUUAUCCACGACGAUGACUGA